AUGCGCAUGUUCAGACUGACGGUGAUCACAUAUGGAGGUCAGAUUCAAAUCAAGCGUGCCAACUAUGGUCGUCGUAAACACGAUGUGUGUUCCAAUGGGCGCCCUUAUAACCAACUCACCGACACCAACUACCUCAGCCAAUCCUCCACCAGCAAGAUGGUGCGGUGGGAAGAGCCAGUGUGUUGUCCCGGCAUCCAAUUUAGUUUUUGGAGACCCCUGUGUUGGGACUUACAAGUACCUGGACACCAAAUACUCCUGUGUCCAACAGCACGAAACAACAUCAUAUGUGAAGGCUCUGAUUCCCAACUACUAUGUGAUCGGGGUGAGAUCCAUAUUCAGCGUGCCAACUAUGGUCGUCGUCAACACGAUGUGUGUUCCAUUAGGCACCCACAGGAACAACUCAAAAACACCAACUGCCUCAGCCAAUCUAGCACCAGCACAAUGGCAGAAAGGUGUGACGGAGAGCGCCAGUGUAUCGUCAAGAAUAUCUUCCUGUGGAACCUGAAGAUGUACAAGGCUUCUGGGAUAUCUUCAUCAGGUUGUGCUGUUUUCCUCCAACUGCCAAAUCAACUUCAAUGACCAUUGUAAACCUGUCUAUUUUGUGUGGAAGUGUUUCUGAACUGUGGUUGGUCUGAAUUAAAU